AUGGCUUUUGGCGACGACUUACCCCGCAAUGAUGCCAAGGCGUCUGAGGAUCUCUGGGAAACGGCUGCUGCAUCGCUUGGUGACGAUUUAAAGAGUGUGAUUGAGCCCAGCGAUGGAGACCGGCGAGAGAUCUUGCGACGCGUGCUCGUCGAGGCGACUCAAAAGCAGAAACAAUGCUUGGAAAAGAGGUGGAAGAUCAAGAAUAGGAAGGGCGAUGUCAUCAUCCUGCGAGAUGUCUUCGAAAAGAUCAUUACAUCCGUCAAUUCCUUCAAGGGAAUCGGAGACUCCCUCGCUAGUAUGGGACCUGGGUGGGCCGCUAUCCCCUGGGCGCUUGUGAGCGUGUUGCUGAAGGUUGUCGUCACGGACAACGAAACUUUUGCAACAAUGAUCGAGGGAUUGGAGAGAGCAACCAAGAUCAUAUCCCGAUAUUCCGUAUUUGAAGCGGUCUAUCUCAAGCAGGAGACGGCGGGUACACAGCAGCUCCGAGACUCGCUUGUGGCACUGUAUGCCUCGGUGCUGACCUUCCUCGGAGAGUCGUACUACUACUUCGCCAGGAACACAGCAAGGAGGUUCAUCAAGGCAUUCUUUUCUGAUUCGGGGGUUGACGAACUGCUGGAUGAUCUGACCGCAAAGCAAGCCGAGCAAUCCCAGCUCGUUGUAGCCGAUCUGCGGGCCCUUAAAGACGCAAUAUCCGCCAUGGCCCGCCCAGUCCAGAGGAUAGUUGCCAUAGCUCCGGCCUCCACAGACAAUUUGGGUGCUCUACAACGUAAAGCUAUUCUGGACUGGCUCUCCCCGAUUCCAUACAGGCUACAGCAUGUAUCUGAGAGACAUCGUCGUCUGCCUGACUCGGGCGCCUGGAUGUUCGAAACGGCGGAAUAUAUUGGGUGGAGAGAAUCAAGCGUCUCGGGAACCUUGUGGCUCCACGGCAUGCCUGGAUGUGGGAAAACCAAGUUGCUGUCCGCUGUUGUCGACUAUGAACUUCAAGACAUUGAGAAGCACCCAGGAGCGGCGCCAGUAGCGUAUUUCUACUGCUCACGCAAUACGGCAGAGCCAGAACGAUCCGACCCGGCCGAGGUCUUGCGGAGCAUUGCGCGCCAGCUGUGCGGGGACGACGUCUCCAAGCCAGUGCCUGAGCAGCUGCGACGUGUCCACCAGUUCCUGGGAGCUCCAGAACCAGGGACUGCGAAGUUACCCCUAGACCUCACCAUCAAACUUAUUUUGGACCUACUACGGGAGAAUCCAGCCACUAUCAUCCUUGAUGCGCUCGACGAGUGUGACCCUGGGACCAGACACGAACUCUUCGAGGCACUCGACGCAAUCGUGGCAAACGCUGAGAACGUUGUCAAGAUAUUCCUUACAAGCCGAAACGACGGAGACAUUGUAUGCCGCCUGGCGUCAACCCCUAACAUCUACAUCAACGCCCAGAAAAACGGCUUCGAUAUUAUGCGCUUCAUCGUCACCGAACUCGACCGUGUCAUUGCCCAGAAGCAGCUCCUGCGUGGUCAAGUGCCGGACAGACUGAAGCGGGAAAUUACCGACACGUUGAUUCAGCGUGCAGACGGAAUGUUUCGUUGGGUCACUCUGCAGAUUCAAAAUCUUUGUGACCCCCGGAGAAUGCGCGUAGAGGGCGAUGUUCGGGCCGAACUAGGGCAUCUCCCCAAAACCCUGGCGGACCUAUACUCCAUAGCCUUCGAUCAGGUCCUCAGCUCGGGCACGGAGAGCUCCAAGCUAGCCAUUAAGGCGCUGCGGAUUCUCCUGUUUGCGUAUCGGCCGUUUGGCUGGGCCGAAUUCCUCUACCUCGUCGCGCUCACUGACGACGGAAUACGGUCCACAGUAAGCCGAGACGAACUGCUCCAUAGUACCUGCAAUUUCAUUGAGGAAGCCCCCGAGGUCGAUCGAGUGGCAUUUCCCCACCUGUCUGCUCGCGAAUACCUUCAGACGAGGCCGGAAUUCACAACAUCCUCAUUACAUAUUGCGGCGUCACAGAUCUGUCUG